AAGCUAGUGUGAUGAUAUUUCUCAAGCUCUAGGUCUAAUUAAUUCCACAAAGAAAGAAAGUUUUCCGAGGGUUUGUGUAUGUGAGAUAUGGGACGUGGAAAGAUAGAGAUAAAGAGGAUCGAGAACAAAACCACAAGGCAAGUGACCUUCUCCAAAAGAAGAUGUGGCCUCUUGAAGAAGACAAAGGAGCUUUCUGUGCUUUGUGAUGCUAAGAUCGGGAUUAUCAUCUUCUCCAGCACCGGGAAGAUGAGGGAAUGGUGCACCGAACCCUUCAGGAUGGAGCAGAUCAUAGAGCAGUACCAGAUAUCAAAAGGAACUUGCAUAGCGGAACGUGGACGUGAUCAUCCCCGAGAAGAAUUUGUCCAUAACAUGGCAAUGCUGAGGCAGAAAACUAUUCGUCUUGAAUUGGAAAUUCAACGCUAUCUUGGAGAGGACACGAGGGGUUUGCAAUACGAGGAUUUGACUAAGCUUGAACAAGAAUUGGAGAACUCUGUGGCAAGGGUUCGAAACCGUCAUAAUGAGCUCUUGCAACAACAAAUGGAGAAUCUGCGAAGGAAGGAAAGGAUCUUGGAAGAGGAAAACAAUAAUUUGUCCAAUUGGAUUCAGGAACACCAAGCAGUGUUGGAGUUUCAGAAGGCCGCUGAUACAGUGGAAGCAAGCAAACCAAUGCAUGUGAUGGAUCACUUCUCAUUCUUUGAAGAGCAACCUGCUGGGAGCAUCCUUCAACUAGCUUCUCCUAUGCUUCCACACUUUUACCCAUAUCUUCAGCUGGCACAGCCCAAUAUCCAAGACUCAGUCAGGGACCAGAGCUAUAACAAUGAGCAAUAGAUGGAGUGUUCUUCAGAGAAUGAAGUGGCUAAUUCAUUAAUGUUAUCAUCAGCGAACAAGUAGACAGAUUUCUGGCCUUUUUUUCCCUGUGGAAUAUCAUGGCUGGAAGUUGACAAUAAUAACUUGCUAGCUUUUCGUUUUUUGGUUUCAAUGUAGUAUAUAUGUACAUCAUAUUUCACUUGUUUUCGACAACGAAUUAAGGGUAUGUUCUUAUGUCUACGAUGCAAAGAGAGACUAGAGUAUUACGUCUCUACUAGAUACCUAUUCAUUGUUAAAUGCUAAUCUUAGUGAUUUCCACACACACACUCAAAAAACGUAAUUCAUAAUUUAAGAGGAUGACUUGUAUAUAUUAUCAA